AUGGUCACAUUAGCGGAAAUUACGGCGGAUGGAUUGUAUAGUGGCGCAGCUUCAGACCAGGUGGCUCGCUACCGAGAGAUCGCAUGCCGUGUUAUCAAGACUGCCAAGGCUAUGGGCAUCAAGACUGUAGCUGUCCACUCCGAUGUUGACUCCGGCUCCCUCCACGUCAAAAUGGCUGAUGAAGCCGUUUGCAUUGGUCCUGCUCCUACCAGUGAAUCGUAUUUGAGGGCUGAUAGAAUUUUGGAGGCUGUCAAGCAAACAGGAGCUCAAGCUGUCCACCCUGGUUAUGGUUUCCUGUCCGAAAACACGAAAUUUGCGGCUGAAUUGGAAAAAGCUGGUGCUGUAUUCAUUGGACCGAACUCGAAAGCUGUACUGAGUAUGGGUGACAAGAUCCACUCGAAGCAGAUUGCCACUGCCGCAAAGGUGCCGUUUUUCUGGAAUUUUUUCAUGAGUAAUGUAACUCGCUGUUAAGU